CAAAAUUGAUGGUGAACACGAAAGAAUGCUUGAACCUGUUCGUAGAUGGCCUAGUAUAGCUCACCGAAUGUCCCUCAGGUGGAAGGCUAUCCCCCGGAAUAGAUAUUUACAUUCAGGACGAGACCUUUUGUCAGAGUUGAAUGCCCGCCAACUCGUUGCUGAUGUGACGCGCCCAGAUGAUUUCGCUAAGCAUUUGCAGAAAACACGGACCAUCUAUGCUGGGGUAGAUCCAACGGCAAAGUCUUUGCAUGCAGGCCACCUUAUCCCGCUUCUUUGUCUGUUCCAUUUCCACAUCAGAGGGCAUAACACGCUAGCACUUAUAGGUGGAGCGACGGGACUUGUCGGAGAUCCCUCUGGCCGUAUGAUAGAACGCUCACUGUCGGAAAAGGCUCAAAUUGAAUCCAACACUGUCAAACUCACCGAUUCUAUUCAGCAAUUUUUCUCUCGCGCGACAGAGUAUGCCCUCGACAAGGCACCCUCCCUGACCACUUUUACUCAACUACAAGUCGUCAAUAACCUAGAUUGGCUAAAGGAAUUGAAUCUUCUUGAUUUCUUGCGGGGGGAUAGUGUAAAAUUGCGAAUGAGUGCACACAAUGGCAUCACGUUCACAGAGUUCACGUAUCAGCUUCUCCAAGGUUAUGACUUCCACGAACUUUUUCGCACAAGGGGGUGUACUAUUCAAGUAGGUGGAUCAGACCAGUGGGGGAAUAUUCUUUCCGGCAUCGACCUCAUAAACAAAGUCGAAGGAAAUACUGGACACGACGAGGGGUGCUUUGCACUGACCACACCAUUGCUAACAACCUCACAAGGCGAGAAGUUUGGAAAGAGCGCAGGGAACGCUAUAUGGCUUGACGAAAAACUCACAAGUUACCUAGACUUCUAUCAGUUCUUCCUGCGUACAACGGACGCUGAUGUUGAGAGGUAUCUCAAGAUGUUUACGCUGCUUCCUGUCGAAGAGAUAGACGCUGUUGUGCGAGAACAUGAAAUUCAGCCUGAACGCCGAUUGGCACAGACACUUCUUGCCAAAGAAGUGACACUGAUGAUACACCAGAAGGAAGGCCUAGAGGCUGCACGGGUAGCAACCAACGUCCUUUUUGGAACAGACUACUCAACUCUGCACGCGAAAGAUAUUGUGAAAUCUCUCGCCGAUGACCCACGGUUAGUUCUCUGUACGGAGGACGAGUUACUCGGAAUCACGCUCCCAAACAUUGCUGCUAAAUUCGGACUUACUUCGUCAAAGUCGGCAGCACGACAACUUGCCAUUGGGAACGGUUUAUAUUUGAACAAUGUACCUCAGCCAGACGUGCACUUCAAGCUAGAGAGGAGUCACCUGAUCGAUGGACAGGUAGCGAUUUUACGUGCUGGAAAAGACAAGCAUUUGAUUCUGGCACUGCGUUGAACAUUCUGGUGCACUAUCGUCUCUGAUACUGUUACAUUCACGACGAUAGUGUAACUAAGCGCCAUAUGGCACAUCGAGACCAGACAGUACUCAUAGUAAGUAUUAUAGCCAAAAACAUGAAUUAAUUCGAGUGCUGGAGUGGCACAGCUUUUGGUAUCGAGCAUUUAAUAUUUAAUGCCAAAGAUGUCAGACCCAAGUCGUAUUGCCCAUCA